AUGUCCGGCCUCACAAUCCAUCACCUCCGCCUCUCUCAAUCCGAGAGAAUCACCUGGCUCUGCGAGGAGCUCGAGAUCCCCUACACUCUGAAAUGCUACAACCGCCAACCGCCCACUCUCCAAGCCCCAGAUGAGUACCGCAAGCUCCACUGGUCCGGCACUGCCCCCAUCAUUGAAGACAACGGCGUCGCCUUAGGCGAAACCAUGGCCAUCAUCGAAUACAUCCUGGCCAAAUACGGAAAGGGCCGUCUAGUUCUAUCCCCAGACCACUCCAAGUAUGCAGACUACGUCUUCUGGCUGCACCGGGCACAGGGAUCGACAAUGCCAUCCUUCAUGGGGAUGCUGUUCAGUCGGAUGCGCGGUACCCCAUCCGAAGAGGACUUUGUCUACAAGAUGUCGGAAUCGCGGGUGAAAGCCACCUGUGAGGCGAUGGAGCAGCAACUAGCCAAGAACACAUAUUUGGCUGGAGAGGAGUUCACCGCGGCAGACUGCGUGUCUGUCUUCCAUCUGACGACGCUGCGGCUGUUUAUUCCCUACAGCCUUGAGGAGUAUCCUCAUAUUGUGCGCUACUUGGAGCGUAUCGGACAGCGUCCGGCGUACAAGAGGGCUAUGGAGAAGGGUGAUCCUGAUCUGGUGCCUUUGUUGGCGGCGGCUGCGCCUGCUAAGUCGCUGCUGUGA